AUGACUGGCAUGCUGUCCCCAAUCUAGGCUCCAGACAGGUAUGCGUGGUGCCUUUGGAAAGCCCCAGGACACAGUGGCCAGGGUCCACAUUGGCCAGGUCAUAAUGUCCAUCCGCACCAAGCUGCAGAACAAGGAGCAUGUGAUUGAGGCCCUCCGCAGGGCCAAGUUCAAGUUCCCAGGCCGCCAGAAGAUCCACAUCUCCAAGAAGUGGGGAUUUACUAAGUUUAUUGCAGAUGAAUUUGAAAACAUGGUGGCAGAAAAGUGGCUCAUCCCAGAUGGCUGUGGGGUCAAGUACAUCCCUAAUCAUGGCCCCCUGGACAAAUGGCGGGCCCUGCACUCGUGAGAGCCUUGGCGCUGCCCCCUUCCUACCCAUGCCCACCAAUAAACCCUACUUUCUUGUCCCUGUCAAA